GUCAUCUGGCUGGAAUGCGCUGCUCACACACUGCAGCUCUCAGCUCAGCUAUUAGCAGUCUGUUAUCUUCUGCCUUAACAUUCCUCCAGACCGCGCACAUUACAGCUUGCAUCGACAGCACCGCUUGAAAACUUCAGAAUGUCAGACCCCUUAUACUACACACCAUUUCCACUGCCCUCCAGUGUACCAUCAGUCGCUGGAGAUUCAAACGCCACAUUAUGCCAGGACUGGGAGCAGUCUCAUCACCUGCUGUUCCACCUGGCCAACCUGAGCCUGGGUCUGGGUUUCCUCAUCCCCACCACAAUAGCGCUUCACAUGAUCUUCCUCAGACUGCUGCUGAUGACAGGGUGCUCUUUGUUUAUAGCAUGGGCCACAUUAUAUAGAUGCGCAUUGGAUGUGAUGGUGUGGAAUGUGGUUUUCCUUCUGGUGAACUUCAUGCAUUUCUUCUUCCUGCUUUAUAAACGCAGACCGAUUAAGAUUGACAGGGAGCUAAAAUCAUUGUACAAGCGCAUGUUCGAGCCCCUGCAUGUACGUGAAGCUCUGUUUCAGAGGCUCACCGGCCAGUUCUGCACCAUCCAGACCUUAAAGAAGGGCCAGGUCUAUGCGGCAGAAGAUAAGACCUCUGUUGAUGAGCGCCUCAGCAUUCUUCUCAAAGGAAAGAUGAAGGUAUCAUACCGUGGCCAUUUCUUGCAUAAUAUUUACACCAAUGCUUUCAUCGACUCUCCAGAAUUCAGAUCGACUCAGUUGAACAGGGGUGAGAGGUUUCAGGUGACAAUCUCUGCUGAGGAAAACUGCAAGCUCCUGUGCUGGUCUAGAGAGCGUCUGACAUACUUCCUGGAGUCCGAGUCUUUUCUGAACGAGGUGUUCAGGUACCUCAUUGGCAAAGACAUCACCAACAAGCUUUACUCUCUCAAUGAUCCAACCUUGAGUGACAAGGCUGUAAAGAAAAUGGACCGUCAGCCAAGCCUAUGUUCUCAGCUGUCUAUGAUGCAGAUGAGGAACAGCAUGGCUAGCACCAGUGACACAGACGACGUGCUCAACCAGAUCCUGAGAGGCGGGUCAACUGGGUCAUCACUCCAGAAAAAUCCUCAGACAAAAGCAUCCACGACUAUGAAGCCAAUUGAAGAAGGAAUGGAGGACGAUGUUUUUGAACCUGACUCCCCCGCUACCUCCCAGAACAUUUCCAGGACUCCCAGAGAAGACAUGUGAAAUGUAUUUUAUCACCUCAUGGUCUUCAGAGUUCUGUGUUUCAUUUCAUGUUCUAUUUAAAAAAAAAAAAAAAAAAAGAAGAA